CCACAACUCAUCGCGCACUUUGGAUAUCCGGUUGAAGGGCAUACCGUAACUACCGAAGAUGGUUAUAUUUUGACUGUGCACCGUAUUCCAUUUGGAAGAGAUGAGCGACCAGCACCUCAUACCUCAAAUGUGCGACCACCCGUCCUGCUAAUGCAUUGUCUUCUCUGCGAUUCUUCUGUUUUUGUGUUGAAUUUACCUGCGCAGAGCUUGGGUUUUGUCCUUGCUGAUGCUGGAUUUGAUGUCUGGAUGGCGAACACGCGAGGGAAUGAGUAUGGAAGAAACCACACUCACCUGAAUGUCAAGGACAAAGCAUUUUGGAAUUUUACGUGA